AGAGAGGGAGCGAGAGAGAGAGCGUGAGAGAGAGAGAGAGAGUGCGAGAGAGAGGGAGCGAGCGAGAGAGCUCUUUGGAUGACUUUUGUUGACUUGCCGUAACUUUCUGUCUCCUCUCUAAUUUUCCUGAGUCUUAGUUUUGUUCUGUUUCAGAUACAAUCCUGGUAAGCUAGAAUUGAAGUUUUUGACUGCUGAAAAUCAAGAUAAUCAAAGGUCUGUCUGAGAAGUAGAGAAAAUGAACAGAGCUGGCGUUUAUGGCGGGCUUGUCUUCCUCCUCCUCAUCAUGACUACUGUGGAGGGUAACGGAUAUGUGUCAUUCUGGAGAACUACAGUCACAAUGACCUGUCCUGGUAUAGGAGAAUGGUAUGACGGCACUACCAAAAUGGAGAAGAACAGUCAAAAUAUCAAAGAGAAUUAUGAUGAAAGCAAGAAAAGAGUUUACCACUGUGAAUAUCAGUAUGAUACUCAGGAUGAUGGUGUAAAAACAGCAACCUAUCAGUUUUACUUUAAAGGAAAGGUGUGUAAGGACUGCUAUGAGCUGAAUCCGACUCUGGUGGCCGGGGCCAUCAUUGGGGACCUGCUGGUGACAGGAGGGGUCAUCCUCAUUGUGUAUCUCAGGGCUCGGAAGAAGUCUGGACCUGCUGCACCCCAAAAACCCACUUCCCGCUCAGCAGGCCGUGGCCCACCAGUGGUUCCAAGUCCUGACUAUGAGCCCCUUAGUCUGGCAACCCGCAGCAGAGAUAUCUACGCUACCCACAGGACUGGGUAGACUGUCUUCUCACCAGACCACACCUGUUCUCUAGGACUCCUCUGAUGCCCCGGACCAGCAGACCUCAGCUCACC